UAGCAAUCGCACGCUAGUAUAAGGACAUUGGUUAUGCACUCUACUUGAUCGCGCUUAAUACUAGCACAACGGUCGCCUGUAUUACGGCCUUCGGCUCUGGUCUCUAGCCUCUGGUUAAGAUCAUCCGGCAUCACGAACGGGUAGUGCUAUGCUGCUCAGCUUAGGCUCGGUAUGCUACAGUAAGCCGGCAAGUCUCCCGGCUUGUUCUUGGAGGAGUACAAUAGCUCAAAAGACGGAGUUGCCGCAUCUAGGUCGAUACGUCUGGACACAUCGGCCGCUGCAUUGUGCGAACGGUCCCAUCGUGUCUGGUAUGGCGCGACGGAGCACGCAGUCGCAAUUGCACUUGAUUACGGGAAUAGACGAGAGUCCUGCACCGGCGAUAGCAGAGACGGAGGAAGGCGCGGUGGCUUCAAACAGUAAGGUUCGAAGGCCCACCAAGGGAGGCAUCCCCAAUCCACCAGCAUGUACCAGCCGGAACCAUAUCGUCCUGUCUUUGGAGGAGGUUUUUGCGCAGACUCACAUGGAGUACUUUUGGGGAGGGGAGUCGAAGAAAGCGGCGGAGUUGUUGCAGUACCCGGCCGUCAGGGCGCGAUUGGAAGACGCAUUAGCUACGGUACGGACACGCGAUAGACUUGAGAAUCUGUGUCGGAAGAUGCAAGCGAGCAAGCUUGGUGGGCGGAGGGUGAUCUGUGGCGUCGAGCGUGCGUUCUCUCCUCGAACCGCUGAUAAUCUAGUGCCCACGGGUCACGAAGGAUGGGCUUGCGUGUAUUGUGAGGAUUAUGGUGCAGCGUGCGUGCAGAUCGAGUACAGGGGCGCGCGAACGUUGGUGCCACGGAGGCAGGCCCAGAAGAAAGAGCUCGACAUCUCAAACCCGGAUGCGUGGGCUGCAGCCGAGGGCAGAAGCUGGUUGCUACAUGAUGGCGGUAAUGCGGGAGGAGCUUGAAGGCGAUGUUUCAGCGGACGUCGUGACGUACUGAUCGUACGGCAUGUCUCUGCUUGGUGCCUCGGCGCACGAACCAAGUGUCACCGCACCUCCGGUGGCGUUGACCUUGCCGGUCUGCUCUUCUGGUGGCGUGGCGAUGCAUGGAGAGUGCCCCCUGAAGCAAAUG